UGGACGUCAUGGGAAGCUUCGUCCGAGUGGCUUCAGCCGGUGUAUCCGGCCAGUUGGAAUCGGCUGGUGGAAAUGGCGUGCCAACGCGUCAUGCAACGACGGUUGACGACAAUCGGGCCACCGUGAAACGUCUCAUAAAAUACCUUAUGGUAACCAGAUGCAAGUACACGCUCAGCCAACAUUCCUUCUUACCCACUUUCUUAUCACGAACGAAGGGCUUCUGUCUGUCUGAAAAAUCUACCCUUUUGUAUCACACCAGGCAGGCUAAUUUCUCCUUAUCUGAUGUUCAGCGAGCAAACAUGUCCCCAUCGCAUCGUCAUCACCGUUGCUACCACCACCAUCAGUGCCGGAGGUAG